AAUAAAGGCUUAAUCAUCAAUCGCGAUCCUGUGUUUGCCACCUUAAGAUGACUUUUGCCAUAUAUUUUUGCCUGUUUUUGGUGCUUUGUGGAAGCCUGAAUGUGAAUGCUACAUCGAAGUCGAGUCGACUGUUGACAACUCUCGAUGUGGAUGUGAACAACUUUCUGCAUUGCCUCACGCCGGAAAAUGUGAAAGGAAAAAAAAAGGAUACCCUAUUGACGAUACCAUCGAAAUGCGAAUCGCUGCUCGAGAAGCUUGCCAUAAGUUGGCUGGACCGCCCUACAACCGAAGGCAAAGAAAACGAAAAGAUCAAGACGAAACCAAGCUUUUGGAAGCGUUUAUUCUGUAAAGCAGAGUGAGCCGCUGGAUAAGAAUUCGACAAGCAGUUGAAUAAUUCCUUAGCUGAAAAGUAAUAUGAAAAGAUAUUUCAGCGAAUUAUUAUCCCAAAAUAAAAUGAAUUACCUUUGAUGGCUGAA